UAGCUAGAUAGCUCACUAGUCGCUAGCGGACAGGUUCAGUCAACAACAGCACGGUUGAUUAGGGGAGACUGGCCUUCUGCACUGCCACGUUUAAAAACAGGUUCAUAACAAGAAACAAAAUGAAUGUUGGCGUUGCGCACAGUGAGGUGAACCCCAACACUCGGGUCAUGAACAGUCGAGGGAUCUGGCUCACCUAUGCCCUCGGUGUUGGAAUGCUUCACAUUGUGCUCUUGAGCAUACCCUUCUUCGGUGUAGCUGUGGUGUGGACUCUCACAAAUGUUAUACACAAUUUUGGGAUGUAUGUCUUCAUGCAUGCAGUGAAAGGCACUCCGUUUGAGACCCCAGACCAAGGCAAAGCCCGGCUCCUGACACAUUGGGAACAGUUGGACUACGGCGUGCAGUUUACAUCAUCCAGAAAAUUCUUCACCAUCUCCCCAAUCAUUUUAUAUUUUCUUGCAAGCUUCUACACAAAGUACGACACAACACACUUUGUCAUAAACACUGCGUCCCUUUUGAGCGUGCUGAUCCCCAAAUUGCCACAACUACACGGAGUCCGAAUCUUUGGCAUCAACAAGUAUUAAUCCGAGUGUUAAGAGGGUCAGUGGUGUGUGACCAACUCUCAAAGGAGCUAUUGCCUCAUAGCAAGAUGAAUAGUUAACCCUAUGUACUAUGUACCACUGGAGUGUGUACUAAGCAGUUUUGUACAGUACGUGCAAUUGUCACUCAUUGUUUAGAUACGUCAGGUUAAACUAGUGGGAGAAUGAGAGAGAAUGCCAUGUGCAUUACUAACUUAAGUAAAUAUUUAAUGUUGUAUUUUUUGAUCUGCAUAGACCUGGGCUGGCCCAGGUUUCAAACGUGGGCCUUUUUUUGUUCUGUUUUUUUGUUAUUUGCUCUCACUUCACACAGUGACACGGACUGCGUUCCUUGUCACAAUGUAUUUUUCUGUUCUUAACCGGAAGCCUUAAAAAUACCAGAUGUAUUUUUAAAGAUGAUUUCUUCAUAAAAGUAGGGGCCUAUGGUUCAUUGUUUGACACACACUUAAUUUCUAGAAGGGUGUCAAUCUUAUUACUGGAAAAAAACUGGGGCAUUAGAACCGUUGCGUAAAUUUUACACUAAAUAUCUGCAUGCGCCAUUUCUGAAGACUGCACGCACAAAUAUUGAGAUUUAUAAACUUGGCACACGCCAAUCAUACGUAUGUUUCCCCCUAGAAAUCAGACCUGUCGUAAAACUGCGUACGUGAAGCAUUAUAACUUAGCCUGAAAAACGCCCAUCAUUCACCUUUUAUGGUGACAAUAACGCCCUUAUUUACUUUGGAGGUAUUGGAAUUAGGCCAAGACCAUAUCUGGAAAUGGCGAACUUGAUCAAAUGUUUUUGGAGGUGUUGGCAGAAUGUUUUCUUUUGCAGUGGUAGUUGUGGUAGCCUAUCUGACUGUUUCUGAAAGACAAACAUUUGCUAAUUGUCGUGGACCUGUAAACAGAUUGAAUUAAUUCAAUCAUGUUUAGCAUUUACUUUUUCCCCUAAUCUAAAUAUGGUGCACUGCCCGCGAGUUCUGAAGCUGACUCCUUGAAAUACCUACUUAGUGGUAGCUUACACACACUUCAAUGCAAAAUAUCAACCUGUCUGCUCACCUGUUAAAUUCUACUGUAUGUUAUAAACCACGCUCCCUUUCGGAUGCAUAGAGCAAAAACUUGAAAUGAUUAUCGCCUAUAUUAAUAGGCCCAAUUAAAUGAGAUGCGCGUUGGUAAUUUGUUGUAUGGCUGCUUCAGGAAAAUGAACUCAUCAUGGCCAGAAAAGGUGAGCAAUUUAUUUUGCAAUAGUUGUGUAUAAAUGAAAUGUUUACUCGGAAUUUGACAUUACAGUAUUCAGACGUAUCUCACAAACGUCAACGGAAAGAGGUGAACCCUCUGCUCUACCGUUAAACUGCACUUAAGAACAGAUCACAAAGCAAAAUACUUAAAGUAGCUCAUCUAUUUACUACUGUGAAGUGGGUCCAAUUAAACAAUUGAUGGGAUGAAUGGUAGCCUAUCCUAACUUGUAUGAAACCAUCAGUCAGAAAAGGUGAGGAAUUUAUUCUACAAUGGUUAUGUAAUUGAGGUAAAGAAUACAUCUAUUUCUAUAAUUAUUUUAGAUCAAAUAAAGGGAUAUUUGCUCUUCUCACUAAUGGUAAAUGAUUGCAUCUUAUUAUAUUUAGCUAGGCCUACCUGUUUUGUUUUUUAAAACUUUUUUUGUUAUAAGAGUGUCAUCAUAUAUUCCUGCACAAGGCCACUACUUGGCUACUUCUGCCUUCUUACAAUGCAAUACUUAAACCACUAGAAACUGUGCGUACGCAUGGUCUAAAGCAGCAGUGGCGAACUAAUUGUGCCCCGGGGUCAGCAUUCGGUUUUCAUAGAGUUCGAGGGCCACACUGAAAAUGUUAUAUUUCCUUGCCAUCAAAAUUAGCUAAAACAUAAGUCCUAUAUUCAUCGUCUUUGGAAUUUAAUGCUCCCUGACUGUCUUGUGAUUUAUUAGCGAGAUGGACAGUCAAGAAACUAUGAAUGUAGGUCCAUUGACUGCACAAUGAUUAUCGAGCUGGACAGUCAAACUGUAUAAAUAUAGGUUCAUUAUAAUUUCUAGUUUAGAUUUGGUUUUAGUCAUUUUUUUUAAGUAUAUUGAGUGGCUUUUGUUUUUACUGGGACCACCUUUGUGGGCUGUAUGUUUGACACCCCUGGUCUAAAAUUUGUGUGAGGAUAAGCACAUUACAUCAAGUUACAUUUUUAUUAAUGCCAACUUGUGUGAAUUCUGGCGCAUGCAUAUUUUGGGCAUAUUUUGUGUGUAUGCAACACUUGAGGCCCCUGAACAAUAUGAAAUACUAAUUUAGCAUGAUUUCCUUUGUAUAUUAAUAAUUUAUCCGUGUUAAUCAUUUAGGGCAGGCAUUUUUGCAGUGUAUAUAGUUUGUCUGUAUAGUUUCAUGUCUUAUGUGAAGAUCAGAUGAUUUGUCAUAAGAUGUUAAGUGUUGUCAGAUAAUUGUUUACUGAGACAGGUCUAUGCUAUGGCUAUGUACCUACACAUGACUGCCAAAAUAAACACUUGAGUAAAUGAGGGAUGUGAAGUAUAUUGAAAGUGGGUGCUUCCGUGUAGCUGUGGUUCCGGAGUUAAUUAAGCAAUUAACAUCUCAUGAUUAGGGUCAUAUAAAAUGGCCAGUUUCCCAUUAUUUCAGCUACCAUGGCUAGAAAAGAUCGGUGACUUUGAAGAGGGGUCUCAAAGGAGCAUAGGUGGUUUAAAGUGUGUGUGUGUCACCAGCUCUCAACUCAAUUGAACACUUCUGGGAGAGUCUGGAGUGGUGCCUGAGACAGCAUUUUCCACCAUCAAAACACCAAAUGAUGGAAUUUAUCAGGAAGAAUGGCAUCGCUUCUCAAUCCUCGUGGUGAUGUUAAAUAUUAGUGAUGGCAAUAUUACUGUGCAAUGUAGAUGUUCUAUUUUCACCUGAGAUUGCAUAACUCGUAUGUUGAUGUAGUGUCCAUCGGUUAUGAAUGUUUCAACCUCUGUGUUGAAGUUGUGCUUUUAUGUCAGUUCCUGGCUUCAAAGGGCACCAAAAACAACACUAUCCACAAGUUUUAGCGGUUCUGCUGAUCCUGUGAUCUUACUAACAGAUCUCAUGGUUUAUUUUAGUACAAUGUAUGGCAACUCCGUUAGCUAACAGAAAUUGUUAAACGAAACACCUCGCCAAACAACCGGCAUGUUUUUCUAAUUUACAAGGAAAGAUUCCAGUGGUCAUGUGAAUUUCAUCUGCUCCGAUUGGAUGAAACGGGCCGCACUGCUGUAUGGGAUGAGUAGUUUGUUUGCCCCCUAACUGGUAUGUACAGUCUUGUACCCUUGACUUUUCUUCCAUAUCACUUUUUUUUGUUACGAUUUCUAGUCUUUUGAAUGAAUGGUUCACCCUGGAGAUUUUUGUACCUAUUCCACUUGACAUGCAUUUUGUUGAAAUUUGCAUGCUAAAACCAAGUGGCUGUGUCAGUUUCGGAAGCAUAACUGUGGAAAGUGGGGCAUGGUGGCACAACGCCCUUUUAAAGACACUUUAUGUUGGUGUUUCCUUUUAUUUUGGCAUUUGCCUGUAUAUUCAUGUAGAUGUUUAGGAUAUGAAUAUCUCCUGGAGGCUACUAUUAAGACAGCUAGUCCUGUUUUUGCUUGGUUAUGGCUUAUCCAGGGUAUUCUUGGAGCUUUGUCAGCCCUUGUACCUAACAUCAUUAAAACAUUUAUGCCCUGAAA